AUGGUUUCUAUCAAUCAACAUACAAACAAGAGUGCUUAUCAUAUCGUUCUCAUCCGAAGACUCCAAUCAAUAAUUUACUUUAUCCUCAGUCUCAUCAAUCAAUCUCCCUUAAAUCCCAUCAUGCCCUCCGGUCUUGGAAAAGAGGGGAAGGGGCUAUGGGAUAAGGCGACUUCUGGUGUAGUUAAGGAACUUGUUCGUGAGCGGGACAAAACGUUUGUCAGAACCAACGGCAAUAUUACUAAAAAAGACGACAUUGUCGACGAUCUUGUUAGAGCAUCAGCCGCAAGUUUUGGCUUUUUCUCCGAGAUUUCGCACCAUCGACGAGAUAAGAAGUCUUUUGACAGUGGAAAAGACAGCCAAUCCGAGCUUCAAAAAGAUGAUGAGGACCGCAAACAACGUGCUCAUGAGGCUAUCUGGGACCUCGACGAUCUCGAACAGGAUGCAGCGAAGCAAAAGAUACCGAAACAACAGACGAGUUCAAAUGCAAACAAGGAGUCCAAAGACCCAGCCACUGCAUUCAUAAACAGACACCCUGUAGAAUCUGGAAUCGAUGGAUCCCCCAAUGUCAAGAUUGCGCUGCCGGUGGUGUUGCCGCAAAGACGACCCAAGACGCGGGUUCGAGGCUUUGUGAGGGCCUACGCACCAGUACUCGGCGGAGCCGGCAUCGAUCAAGAAACGUUCCUUGAUUUUGUUGACACCCUAAACCAAUCUUUGGUACCUAAUCCCUGGCUUAACGCCAUUAACCUGGCCGGAUUUGCGGAUAUUGCGUACCCUGAUCCUAUAUUGACGGCUUUCGGUAUCAUGCUUGGUUUCGCUGUUGAAGGCGUUAUGGAAGCGCAAAGUCGGUUCCGUUCCAACACAUUUCUUGAUCGUAUCAACGCAGACUUCUUUGCUCCACGAGGGCUGAUUUGCCUUGUUGCGACUUGGAGGCCAGACACAAGCGAUAAAAAUGUUUCCGUGAACCUCGAGGGGGACACAGACAAAUCUGCUUCCGAGGCAGAUCUUCCGAAAGACAUGAGACAGGAUUUAAGCAACAAUAACACGGAUGAACAGGGGAUCCAAAAGAUUCGAGGGCAGAUGGAGGAGAAGUUACGACCACACAAGGGCGGUUUUCUGUGGUCUGAACCGGCGCCGCUUAUUUUCCCAACACUAGAAGAGAUGCCGGCCGCAAGCAAAAGUGACGGCGAAAAGAAAGUGAAGGGCAUGGACCGCGCAGAGGCAUGGCUAGAUGGCUUCAUUGACAAGCGGGCCAUGGUACAAUGGGUGGAUGAGAACCCCAGUCUCCCUGCUGCCAAUGCCUUGCCAAGGCCACAAUUCAAAUCGCGAUACGCUGACCCAACACAUCCUGCUUCCAGUGGCGACAUUGCGGCCUUGGUGACUGGUGGUCGUUGGCAAUUCAAGAAGAAAGAAAAGAGCACUAAGGAAAGCCCUAGUGAUACGUCUUCUCCUAACUCGGAUGACAAUAAGAAGGAAGUUGAAAAGGAAAAGAAUGAGGAAGUUUCGAAGAAAAUUGAAGAUUUAAACUCAUCGAGCAACAUUGGUCACGAAAAGUCGAAGGGCAAACUUGACCACAAGGAGUCGGAGCAAGAUGAUGUUAAGAACGAGAGAGGUGUAAAGGAAAAUGAAGAUGAAGACGAAAAAGAGAGGGAAAAAAAGGAUAAAAAGGAGAGGAAAAAGAAGGAGAAGGAGGAGAGGAAAAAACGGGAGAAAGAGGAAGAAGAACAGAAGAAGAAGGCGAAGGAAGAGAAAAAGGAGAAAGAAAAGGACGAGAAAAAGAAGAAGCUGGAACUAGAGAAAGAAAAGAAGUCAAAGAAGGAUGAGAAACCUGACGAUAUGAUCAAGAGUUUGUUUCAAAAGGACGUGUUAUACCUUAUCAUUCUUAAUCUUCCAUCAGAAGAACAGAUGGCAGAACUUAACAGGAGUGGACGGUCAGACCCGUAG